AUUUGUGUCCCAAAUGUCCUGAAUGCGCGAACCAUCGGCAGGCCCACUGGGGAGGAGCACUUGAAAGUUGCAGGUAGAGCUGAGACACAGACAGAGAGCGCUCGUUUGUUGCCACUUGCUUGAGACCAGACGCUCGUCAAGAGAGAAAGAGAGGGAGGGAGGGAGAGAGGGAGAGACACACGGUCAAAUUGAGCUUUAUCUAUCGCGGUGGGUCACCCAAUAAGAGCCAUUUGGAGCCAGAGGCGACCCGUAGCGCGCAGGAGCCGCAGUCAAGAGGCAGAUCAUCAGCAGUCUGAAUCACAGAGGCCAGCAGUCAGAGAGCACAUUGCUCCACACACACACACACACACACACACAUAGAGAAAAACACACAGACACGGAAGAGAAGUGAGAGAAAGAGAGGCAGAGUGAGGGACGGACGGUGAGACGAGCAGUUGAAGUUUGACGGUGCGGGAUAAUAAAAGGCGGAGGAGAGGCUCACACAGUCAAAGUCCAGAGGCCGGAAAGUGUUGGAGAAGAUGCCGCGGGUAGUCCCGGACCAGAGGAGCAAGUUUGAGAAUGAGGAGUUUUUCCGCAAGUUGAGCAGGGAGUGUGAGAUUAAAUACACUGGGUUCAGGGACCGACCCCAUGAGGAGAGACAAGCUCGCUUCCAGAAUGCCUGCAGGGACGGACGGUCAGAAAUAGCUUUUGUAGCUACAGGCACCAACCUAUCUCUCCAGUUCUUUCCAGCCAAUCAGCACGGAGAUCAGAGGCAAGUUCCUACAAGGGAGUAUGUCGACUUCGAGAGAGAGACAGGAAAGGUCUAUUUAAAGGCUCCUAUGAUCUUGAAUGGGGUGUGUGUGAUCUGGAGAGGAUGGAUUGACCUACAGAGGCUGGAUGGGAUGGGAUACCUUGAGUACGAUGAGGAGAGGGCGCAGCAAGAAGAUGCUUUGGCCCAGGCAGCGUUUGAAGAAGCUCGACGCAGAACCAGAGACUUUGAAGAAAGAGACCGAUCACACAGAGAGGAUCUAGAGGACCCUGUGGUUUCUAAAAUCUGGGACUGAUGACACACAGACAGACAGCCAGCAGAACAGAACAGGUCCAGACGACAGCAGGACCCCAGCCCUGGCUCAAACAUGGCCAACGCUGACGUGGAACACAAGAUGCGCUGAGGAGGAGGAGGAGGAGAAGGAGAAGCAGGAAGUAGUGAAAGGACGAAGAGGAAAACAAACAGGGCUGGCUGUCCGUUCCCUUUCAAUACAAUCAACUGAAAAAAUAUGUCAACUGAAACUGCAAUUGUUGACCAAUUGUUCACUAUGAUUACCUAACAGGUUUGAUAUCAUUGUUUUCACAUGCCAAACAUUUUUUAAAUGUAGAAGAAAAUAAGCCUCCUGAAUUGAUUGAAUUGAAAGUGAAGCAAGCCCUAACAUAGAAGGAUUAACAGGAAUAAAGACACAACAGACCUGGGCAAAAAGUAGCUGAAUAAAGGAAGGAACUCAAACAGUUGAAUUAGCAUUACAAUGCAAAUGUGACACAUCCAAAGCUGAAGUUGUUUGUUAAGUGUUUCACAAAAAAACUUCUAUAUUUUUUGUCCAGGUCUAAAAUGAUUUGAUGGAUCAAGUACCAAAAGUAUAUUUUCUAUUAAAGCAAGAUGGUGAAAUUAGAGGGAGAGAGGCUGUAAGGGGGCAUGGAGGCCAUUAGUUAAGGGAGACGGAGCAGAGAAAAGAGAGAUUUGUUUGGCUCAGGGUCACGGUCGGGGCUUAUCGGUCAGGAUUACCAGUAGAGCAUGCAUCAAAUGUGAGGUGUUGACAGUUUGUUAAAAAAAAAAAGAGAGAGAGAGAAAAAUAUCUUUGCAUUGUUCAGUGUUGUGCAACACUUCACAUUUGUGAACAUGCCCUUGUUAACUCCAACUAUACCUAGCUCACUUCCUGAAACCUGCUGUUUUCUUAGACCAAAGUUCACUUUGCUGGAAAUGGAGGGAGGGGGAAGGGGGAGGGAGAGGGGGAAGGAUGGGGUAAAAGACCGGGAAACUGAGUCGCGUUUUAAAAGUGGGCAGGUGGGAGGAGAGCGUCCAGAGAGAAUUAUGCCAGGUUGAAUGGUUAAGAAGUGUUUGCUGUACUAUAAUAUUCAAGAUCAUUUAAAGGUCUAGUGUGGAUCUAGUGGCAUCUAGCGGUGAUGUCACAGAACUAACACUUCACCCGUGUGCCAAGCAUGUAGGAGAACUCCAGUGGCUGGCAGGAAAACACAAAAACGUGAAUGGCCCAAUCGAGAACCAGUGUUUGGUUUGUUCAUUCUGGGCUACUUUAGAACAACAAGGCGGACUCCCUGGGAGAGGACUCGCUCUGUAUGUGGAUAUAAACAGCUCAUUCAAAGGUACCAAAAACACAGUGAUUCUUAUUGUCAGGUGAUUAUAAACUAAUGAAAACAUACUUAUUAAUAUGAUAUACCAUUUCUGCCAAUAGAUGCCCCUAAACCCUACAAACUGGACCUUUAAAACAUAACUGUUGUGAGAUGCCCAUGACUAAAUAACGGUUAAUGUAGCAACAACCUCGAGGCAGGACGGCUAACAGAGCAAACGGCUACAAACUCUGCUAUCAACCCAGUUGGCAGAAUAAAUGUUGGCACUGUGCGUUUAUGCAAACCACUGAUUUUUUACAUUUGUAUGUUUCAGAUGCAGCAGAUAUGUUUAAACUUUACAUUUCUUUACAUUUAAAUUUUCAGUUUUAUGUUGUGGCAUCAUCGUGGUUUAUGUGUAGUUAGGUACAAGGUUUUAGGUCAGGAAAACAUAAUGUUUUGGGUUCAAAUACUUGCUUUUGUCACUCUGGACAGAUCCCAAACUCUUGCUUAAAAAGACCCGUUUGUUGGUCUUCAACUGUGGUCUGCUGCUUGGCAGCUGUCUCGCCCAGGUGUCACACCAUCCACUAUCCCCUCCUCCUCCUAAUGAGAAACUCGGAUCAUAUGCAGUCUAAAUGUUGGAUGUAUAAAAUGUACAAAUAUAACAUAUCUGUGGUUUGCAGAAAUCUACAGUGCAACCAGUAUAUUAUGGUGGCUGGGCUGCUGCUAUCUUUGGCUCUGGAAACAAUCAGAAAAUGAUAGGGUGUUUCUGU